AUGAUUCACGGGAUUCACGGUAUGGUUGUACCAUUGUACUACGUGUGGUAGUACUUUAGUGCGAGCAGUGUGUUGUGUAGUUAUGUUUCGUAAAAGCUGUCGGCAAGAAUCAUGAAUCCGUACAUUGCAGAUAUCGAGAUCAAUUUGGAUGCUGUGAACUCGGGCCUGAGAGCCGUGAAGGCCCUUCGAUGCGCUGUCGGUGAAGUGUUUCGUACUUUGACGGAUUGUGUUCCGUGUUCGCAGGGCGAUGAAAAGAAAGAGAAGAAUUUUAUUCUGGAAUCACCUCUCUUGGAAACAGCUAUUACAUUGCUUGGGUCUCCUAUUGCACCUCUCAACCUGGGAAGCACUGGCCAUCUGUGUCAAGAUCCAACUUUGGACAGGACAUCCUUGUAUGCAGACACGAUUAAGUCAUAUCGGUGGUUUGACAAAGUCCAUGAGCACACAAGUCAUGCAUCAGCGAUUUUAAAUUAUAAUGGACUGAAGAGAUCUAACAGGUCAUUGCUUCCAACAAAACGGUUACGAAGACCACAUAGCAACGGCCACAAUUUUUCUUCUCAAAAUGUGGAUGCAUUCAUCAGCAGCGUACAAAGGCAAUUUGUUGACAUGCCAAUUGUGAUUGUCAGGCCAUGUGACAAUUCUGCUGUUCUAAAGGUGGCGGAAUAUGCCAAUGCAGCAGUGCUUCAUUUUUUUUCUCCGCAACUGCCCGACUUAGCCGUCAAAUCUUUCUUGACGUGGCUCCACAGUUACCUGCACCUGUUCUCAGUGCCAUGCCGGAGGUGUGGCACGCGACUACAGCACAACAUGCCGCCAAGCUAGGUCAGCAUUUCCCUGACCUAGCUUCUGAUGAAGACAGUGGUACCCUCUUGGACACCGUCCCAUUCCAUUUAAAGACCACUAUUUAAAGACCACUACAGCGAGAACUACGCGCAACACUCACAAACACACCCUACAACACAUUUUUGCCAAAACGGAGGCAUUCAAACAGAGUUUCUUUCCCCGCACUGUUUCGGAUUGGAACAGUCUAAGUUCGUUUGCGAGGCAGACAAUUUUGACGAAGUCCUUGACCAACAUUUUUCGUAAUGAAUAUUGAAUCGUUGAAACUUAUAUUGCUGUUAUGCUGCGUUAUAAACUGUUACAUUGCUGUUAUAUUGCUCUUAUAUUGCUGUUAAACUAUUAUGCUGCGAGUGUUGUUAUAAAUUGUUCGUGAUUUUUUUUUCUUCAUUCCUUUCUUAUAAAUCGUCCAAGCGACAGCGACAUAUUGCUUGUGCUGCCAGUGUUGUUAUGAAUUAUUUUGUAUUGUUCUUUCUCUGUAAUUCCACUCCUGCC